AUGUCACAUAAUGCUAUAUUGAAAUGGAUAGGGUAUUUAGUUAAUGUACCAGAAGGUACCACUUUAAAAGAUUUAAGUGAUGGUAGAAUUUUAACUAAUUUACUUAAUAAAUUGAAUCCUGAAAUAUAUCCUUAAAAAGUUUAAUCUUCUCCAUAAAAAAAUUUCUAAAUGGAUAUGUUAUGUGUAACAAACUUAGUUUAGAAUUUAAAAUAAUCAAUUUCUAAUUUACCUGAAAUUAAUAGUUUAUUAAUUGCAAAACAUUAAGAUAUUACAGAAAUAAUUAAAUUGAUUUCAAUCAUUAUAAAAGUAUUUAUAUGUUAAAAUAUUAUAAUAAUAGAUUAUGCUUGAAUCUUAAUUAGCUUAAGAAGCAAUACUUAAAUUAAAUGAAGAAUAAGUGCAAAAUAUUUUAUAAUUUAUUAAUUAAUAUUAAGAAGAAGAUAUUGGAAAUCAUUAAUAAUCUGAUAGAAAAUUACUUGAUAAAAUUGAUGAAUUAGAAGAUGAAAAUUAACAAUUAAAGUAAUUGAUAGAACAAUAAGAUAAAUAAUAAACUUAACAUUUCAAUAAGAUUAAAUAAUAAGAAUAAUUAUUAAUCUAAAAAGAAAAUGAAAUCAAUGAUAUAAAAUUAUGUAUUAUUAUUCAAUAUAAUUAGAACUAUAAAAAAAUAUUCAUAUAGAAGAGAAUAUAUCAGGAACUCUUAUAGAAAAAUUAAAAAUGUAAUUAACAACAAUAAAUAAAGAUAAAAAAGAAUUAUCAGAAUAAAAUGAAAUGUAAUUAUAUAUAUGUUAUUAAUUUAGGUUAUAAAAUAAAUUGCAAAAUUAUUAGAAUUUAGAAAAUAUCAAUUAAUAAUUAUAAUAAGAAUUAGCAUAAAGAUGCAAAUAAGAUAAAAUUAUAGAUGAAUUAAAAACAAAUAUUGAGAUUCUAAAAUAAUAAAUGGAUUUAAAAGACACAAAGAUCAGUAAAUUGUAAGAUUAAAUAAAACAGACAUCAUAAAAUUAAUAAAAAGAAUGUAGUAAAUUAGUAGAAUUGGAAAUGUAUAAUGAAUAAUUAAAAUAAGAAAUUGAAGAUAUUUAAAGAAGUAAAAAUAAGGAAAUUCAUUAAUUGAAUCAAAAAAUAAAUGAAUUAAAAAUAUAAGUAGAUACUAUGUAAAUGGAGAAACAGGAAACUUAAAGAUCAUCUGUUCAUUAUCAAUAGAGUCCAAGAUGUUUAGAUUCUGAAUUUAAAUCAUUAUUAAAUGAUAAUAUUGGUGGAUAUUAUUCAGAAUAGACAAUUUAAGAGUUACAAUAAUAAAUAUAAUAAAAAGAAUAAUAAUUAUAAUAAAAGGAAAUAUUAUUUGAUUAAAAAAUUAAAACAUUAGAAGCAAAAAUAAAUAAAGAAAAAGAUACAAAUAUAUAACAUAUAUAAAUUGUAUAUAUAUUAUUAUAUAAUUAGACAUCUUAAUUAUAAGAAGAUAAUAAAAAAUUAAAAUUAGAAUUAGAUAAAUUAAUUGAUACUAAUUAUUAAGUAAGUAGAAUACAUGCAGAAAAAUAAUAGAAUAUGCUCCUUAUUUCUGUAAUUGAAUGUUUAAAUGAAAAAGUUAAUUAAUUAUAUUCCUAAUAAAAAGAGCAUCUUAAAAGUGAUAAAAAAAUAUAACCAUAAAUUUUAACAAGGAAUUCAAUAUCUUUAUGGAGUGCUAAAUAAUGA